AUGGAUGGAAAUAACCAAAUCCUUCCUAUUGCAUUUGGUAUUGGGAAAACUGAAAGUCGAGAAUCAUGGACUUGGUUUUUAUCAAGACUCAAAGAAUGUUUUGGGGACAUGCCAUAUUUGGCUAUUAUAUCAGAUAGAGCCAAUUCAAUUGAAAUGGACAUUCAAGCCAUGUUCCCGAAUGCAUAUCACAGAUUCUACUGUCACCAUUUGUUGAUGAAUAUGAGAACAAAGAUCAGAAAGCAACAGAGAAUGGAGAUUUUGUUUUGGGAGGCUGCAAAGGCAUACCGAGAGUUUGAUUUCAAGGAAAGCUUGAGUAGGCUACGUCGUGCAUUAAACGAUGAUUGUCAGAGAAUCGGUAAUGAGAGAUGGUCACGGUCGUGUUUCCCCAUGGUUCGGUACAAUAUUAUGACAUCAAAAAGUGUUGAGUCCGUCAAUGCAUUAUCAAGAGACUCAAGGAAACUACUAAUAACAAUGUUGAUCGAUUUCUUUCGAGCAACUAUGCUACAAUGGGGGUGCCAGCGACAUAAUGUUGGAGCUGAAAGCAAAAAAGAUGUCAUUGAGUAUGCUGAGAAGGGCAUCGAUAGGAGGAUCAACAAAUCAUCUGGUUUUCGGGUAUACCAGAUUCAUCAAAGAAGAUAUGAGGUGAGUGACCAAAUGAAGAAUGGUAUAGUAAACUUGGAAAGUCGUCACUGCACGUGUGAGAAAUGGCAAUUGUCGGGUAUACCUUGUACUCAUGCUAUGACGGUAUUCAAGGAACUGAGAUAUCAACACUACAAUGCAUGGGUGUCAUCGUACUUCACAAUGGAAACAUAUCAUUCAACAUAUGCAGGACUUGUGUUUCCUGUGCCAGUUCCAACUAAAUACGAAGAACAGAAUGAAUUCAUGGUUGUUUUUCCACUAUUGAUGGACGAAUGA